GGCAGAGAGAGAGAGAGGGCUGUCUGCAGGCUGCGUCCCCGCUCAAACGUUUGGGAAAAAGAGGGAGACAGAGGAAGAGCUGAAUGGUAGCCUCACCCUGCGCCUGGAAGCGUAGAGACACUGUAACAAAGGCUGGCAGUUAUUUGAUUUUUUAUUUUUUCUGGCAAUAACAAAGAGGUGGGAGAGGGGCUCUGAAAUCGAGGGAAAUAGCAAAAAAAAAAAAAAAAAAAAGAAAGAAAGAAAGAAAGAAAAAAAAAGCCGGUUUUCUGGGGGGACUGCUGCUUCAUUUCAUCCGAAAGACUCAUCCCUUACCAUCAUCAGCAUGACCAUGAGCUAUAAGUAACAUUCGGCAAUAACGCAAUUUGUAAACGAGAUUUCCAGCAACAGACGCGCGCAAUCCUAUUCUGAUUUAUUCUUAAUCGGGGGAGAGAGAGAGAAAAAAAAAGAUCCAACUGAAUGCCUGCGAGAAACUGGAUACUCUGAAAUCAUAAGAAAGAGCGAUCUAACAAAGAAAACUACAUUUUGAUUGAUCUUUAAGCUUGAUGUGCGUGUUUCCGCACGCACUCGAAACGAACCUGAACCAAAAGCAAACUCCUCAGACUCCUCCCUCCUCCUCCCUUCGGUUUCUCUCAUCCUCUCCCUCCCCCCCGGUCCUCUAUGCUCAGUUCGGUGUGUGUAUCCUCUUUCAAAGGGCGCAAGGGUGGGAACAAGUCGUCCAACAAAGCAUGUUACAGCGCAGACAUGACUUGUCCGUCGGAAAGCGAGAAAAUCGUGAUAAACUGCGGGGGGGUGCGGCAUGAGACCUACCGGAGCACCCUAAAAACGCUGCCCGGUACCCGCUUGUCGUGGCUGACCGAGCCGGACGCGUUCAGCAACUUCGACUACGACCCCAAAUUAGACGAGUUCUUCUUCGACCGCCACCCGUCGGUGUUCUCCUUCAUCCUCAACUAUUACCGCACCGGGAAGUUGCACUGUCCCAACGAUGUGUGCGGUCCCCUGUUCGAAGAGGAGCUGGCCUUCUGGGGCAUCGAUGAGACGGACGUGGAGGCGUGUUGCUGGAUGAAUUACCGACAGCACCGGGAUGCGGAGGAGGCGCUGGACAGCUUCGAGACUCCGGAGCCAGACGCGCCGGACGACGACCCGGCGCUGGGCGGCGCGGACGGGGACUUGAAAAGACUGUGCAUGCAGGAGGACGCGAGGAAAGCGGGCUGGUGGAAAACCUGGCAGCCCAAAAUAUGGGCGCUGUUUGAAGACCCCUAUUCCUCCAAAUAUGCCCGGUAUGUGGCUUUUGGCUCCCUCUUCUUCAUUCUCAUCUCCAUCUCCACUUUCUGCAUGGAGACGCACGAGGCCUUCAACACCAUCAUCAACAAGACGGAGAACGUGACGGUGGGCAACAUGACCCACGAGGAGAUCGUGUACGAGGUGGUGACUGACAGCUGGCUGACGUACGUGGAGGGCGUGUGCGUCAUCUGGUUCACCAUCGAAGUCUUGCUGCGAGUCACCUUCUGCCCAGACAAGUUGGAGUUCUUCAAAAGUACCCUCAACAUCAUCGACUUUGUCGCCAUCCUGCCCUUCUACCUGGAGGUCGGCCUGAGCGGCCUGUCCUCCAAAGCUGCCAAGGAUGUCCUGGGGUUCCUCCGCGUUGUCCGGUUCGUCCGCAUCCUCCGAAUCUUCAAGCUGACGCGCCACUUCGUGGGUCUCCGUGUCCUCGGCCACACCCUGCGCGCCAGCACCAACGAAUUCCUCCUGCUCAUCAUCUUCCUGGCCCUCGGAGUCCUCAUCUUCGCCACCAUGAUCUACUAUGCUGAACGAAUCGUCGCCAACGCAGACGACCCGACAGGGAGCGCCCACACCACCUUCAAGAACAUCCCCAUCGGGUUCUGGUGGGCCGUGGUGACCAUGACCACGCUGGGCUACGGAGACAUGUACCCGGAGACGUGGCCAGGGAUGCUGGUGGGAGCGCUGUGUGCCUUGGCUGGUGUGCUAACCAUUGCUAUGCCUGUACCUGUCAUUGUCAACAACUUCGGCAUGUACUACUCUCUGGCCAUGGCCAAACAAAAGCUGCCCAAAAAGAAGAACAAACAUAUCCCCAGAGCGCCGCAGCCAGGGUCGCCCAACUACUGCAAGCCGGACGCCCUGGCGAUGGCCACCGCAUCGCCUCAGAGACUCCUGGGAAAUGUCUUAGGUGGAGUUAUGGGGUCUGGACGCAUAGGGGGCGACUGUCCGCUCGCUCAAGAAGAAAUUAUAGAGAUCAACAGAGACUCCAAGCAGAACGGGGACGCGGCCUCGGCCGCCCUGGCGAACGAGGACUGCCCCACCAUCGACCAGGUGCUGAGUCCGGACGAGAGGAGCCCGAUCGGCCGGGGGCCGACCCGGGAACGCUACCAGCAGGACCGGGCCUGCUUCCUACUCAACACCAGGGAAUUCCGUGCCACAGAUGGGAAUGUGCGGAAAGAGGCAGCAGCCCUGGCACCCAGCCCAGACUCCCCUCUGACUGAGGAUUGGUAUAAGAUGGAAGGGUCUCUGUUACAGCAGGACCUCAAUGCAAACUCCACCUCCUCCUGGAUCAAACCGUAGCCCAGAGUGUUAAGUUUCUAGCAUUCGCCUUCUCUCUAAUGAAGAGUCUGUAACCGGUAAACACAAAUUUGCGGCCGGAGCCACGUAAGCAGCAGGUGUGACACGGAUGGACAGUUUAAAGGAGAUCUUUCGGGGUGACACGAGAGACCAGAGGUUAAUCAUGAAUAUAUAGAAAAAAGAAAAAUCACAUGGUCUGCUCCUCACAUUGUUACCAAAGCAGCCUCUCGGAACUCCGACCACACUUUUACAAACCUGUCUGACCAACCUUUUUUUUUUUGUUGUUGUUGUUGUUGGUUUUUUUUUUUUUUCUCCCUUCUUUUGGUUUUUGCGGCAAACGGACUGAACAUUGCACUGACACACUUUGGGAGAGCGAAGGACUCCUGAAUACACAUUCCAGAUGACGUCUCUCUGACAACAUUGUACUCGCCAUCUUGUAUGAUGACCAACUCAGUGCUGCCUGCAGCGCUGAACAACUGAGCAACUUCAAGAGUUUCAGAGAGAGAGAGAAAAAAAAAAAAAAGCGAAAGGAAACGAAAACACCUGUCUUCAACUGGACUGAAUGAACAAUGUAGCAUCUCUGCUAACAUAUUGUAGCAUUUGUUGGCUGGGAAAUAACUUGACUCAAUCCAUCAAUGGUUUAAAAAGAGAGAGGAAUUUAUGCAUUCAAAGGAUCUUCUAGAUGUCAUUUUCCUCUUGGGUUCCUUUCCAGUGAAGAAAAUAAACAAUAUAGUGAGAGUACAUGAGAGACAAAAGAUGUGGUCUUACUCCUUAAAGCACUUGACGUACUGAAAAAAAAAUAAAAUAAAAAGAUGCACAAAUGAAUACACUCAUACUAUAAUCCUUCGUCAAUUUUAGCACUUAUAUAGUAUGUUUGCCACUGAACUUAUGUCUUCCAUUCACUUCUAUCAGACUGAAACACUGCCCUGCUCAUGAGUACUGAGAUAAUCAAAACACAGCACGAACAAACUAAAGCACAUGUAGCAUCAGCUCGAACACGUCAUGUGCGGGAGUCGCUGCGCACCGAAGCUUCAUCUGAAAACAUCCUCUGCCACACAAGUGUGGGGAGACGGAGACCUAUCUUUAUCUCUCAUGUACUGAUUUGGGCUCGCCCCCCAAAAAAAUCCAUGUUGGAUACCAAAGGUCCUGUAGCAUGCACUUGCUGAAUGACCUUCUGUAGUGUAUUGUAUAUUAGGAGAAGUGACCCGCUUCGGGGGAGGCUUGUGCUCGCCCUCACACUGCCCUUUGUCUCUGGUUAAUACAAUGUAAUUCCUCCUUAAGACCUUAGUCCUUUAACUGCCACAAGUCCUGCCCCCCCCCGAUAUGCACAUUCAGAUGUUACGGAGAGUUUCCCCCCCUCGUUUGGCUGACCCGGUCGUGAGGAGCAGAGAGACUGAGCCGACAAGGCGGAGCUGCUCCCAGAGCCUCGUCGGUCGGAGGACGCCGGAAUGCCUACAUCGCGACAAAACCACAGCCGAUCACCGCAAGGACUGUUUUUAGGAUGCACACAACUGCACACUCGCUGGAGAUUCUGUCUUACGUUCAAAGGGACCAAUCAGAGAGAACCCUCCCCCUCAAGACGCAGGCCAACACUGCCAGUUACGGCACAAGACUACCCAGAUGAAUACUGCCCCAUGUCGUUUUUUUUUUUUUUGUCCUUCUUGCUGCCAACGACUGCUUCACUUGGCAGGUCAGUGUCGAGAUAAAGAUGGCCCGCUAGCGGCGCCCUUUAGGCAAAAAGGGUCAACGAGAAGAAGAGGACCAAGAGUAGAGCAAGCGUGGAAGUGUACAGAGAGAACAAAUCUAUAUUUUGAUAAACAAAUCUUCAACUCUCCAUGACUUUGGAGGAGGUUUCUGAGCAGAAAAGGUCUAGGACGGCAGCGAAAAGUAUUUGAAAAAAAAAAAAAAAAAAAAAGUCAAAUGCAAACAUGAAAAGAAUAUUUGGCAUCAUGAAAUGAAGUCAAAGUCUCGGGAAAAGAUGGAAAAUGAAUAUUCUGUCAUGAACGGAUGAGAAGUUGUGUACGCCACAAGCACUGGGAAAUUAUUUUCUGAAAGACGAUGAGCAAUGACAGACUUUUGCCUAUAAAGACACGGGGACGACAAAGGAUGGACGCUGAGAUAAACAAAUGGGAAAAAAAAAAAAAGAAGAGAUAAUGCAUUUUUUGUAACUUUGUUUACCAGCAUGACUACUUUGCAUGACUGUCUUUUCUGCAAGCCCUUAGUUGAAGACAAGGGUGCUAGAGAUACAAAAAAGUAUAUAUAAAAUGAAUUAAAAAAAUGUUAUAUGCAAUUAAUGUUUUAAAAAAAAAAAGAUUAUAAUGAAAGAGAAGAGCUAUAUUUUGUUUUGAAAAGUAAAAAAAAAAAAUGUGAAUAUUGAAACAUGUAUGUUUGCAAAGUACACCCUGAACUAUGUUUUGUUUGAUGAAAUCUCUCUGCUACUACUGCCCUACAUGUUUCAUUCCAGUGUUUUUGACCUCCGCCAUAGCUUUAUUUUACGAUCAUGUUUUCUUACUCUCCACUCGACACUUUGCCUAUAGCACCUGCGCAAAGGAUGUUUGUCGUUUUUGUCACCCGAGUCCACGUUUUUUCCCCUCCUUGAAUCAUUUUGCACAACUUCCGUAGCAGCAGCAGCAGCAGCAGCAGCAAUCCGAAGAAACAACAGGCUCUCCCAUAACACGACUUUGACAGCUUGGUUAGCGCUCAUAGUUUGCUUUUUUUUCUUUGGCAAUAAUACAAGAGUCGUCACAUGAUUGUAGCAGGUCGAACGGGGAACCUCGAGUCCUUCGAGCUUCUCCGCAGCCUCGGUGUUUAAAGCGAUCCUUGAAGGCCUUGGCUGUCCCAUGGGUGUUGGGAUUUCGCUGGGACGGGCGGCCCUGUUCCACUCAUCCCUUGUAGAAAAACAGGAGUACAAGCACGGGUUAUCCGGUCGAGACCAAUAAGACUUUUGAGAGAUAUCGUAUCGGUCGAACAGUCAAGAGAGAUUUCAGGGUUUGCAUGGAACCUACUGCCAUUCCAAAGUCUGUGUGUGGUUUUAAGGACUCAGGUGUGUCGAUGGUGUGCGUGGACGUAGGUGUUUUUGCUAUUUCCUUUCUAACAUAAUAAAUUCUAGUAUAUAGACAACGAUAAUGUGAACACCUCACAGUGAUGUGUAAAAAAACGCAUGCGUUAUGACUUGAUAAUCUCUCUCGAGGGGGGUGGGGGGGUGGGGGUGGGGGGGGAGCAGUCUUGACACGUCCCCUGAGCCUCCCGUCAUUGUUUGUCAUGAAUCCAGUCCAGAUUACUAGAAAACACUGUGCCGUGUUGUAGAGCAGAACCGUCUUCCUCCGAGAGGCAACUGAAAACUACUCACACUCGCGGUGUCAGCAUGAGUGUGUAGAGGUAGCUCGUCUUCUUUUUCUUUCUUUUUUUUGUUUUUUUUUUUGUUUUAGAUGGUCAGGUCUUUAGCAUCCGUCAUUUACUGUGGAGUUACCGUCAUCCAGCUGGCUCAGUCGGCAGCUCGUCACAGCGCGCACACAAACACACACACAGACACGCACAAAUAAACGUCGUGUGAGCACCAAUCAAAGAGACCCAGAGCUUCCAAAAUGAUGUCAGAAAGGGAGAGAAGAGAGGAAGAGAGAUUCCAGAGACAGAUAUCGAUCUAAUAAUAAGAAAUCGAGAGGAUCUGAGUGUUGGAUCGCGGUUCGAGCGCCUCGCCCGUGGCUUGGUAUCCCCAGUGAGUUUCAGGCCCUGCUGGUCCAGGGCGCAGCUCAGGCAGCUGAAUGGUCCUCUGUCCAUUCCUUGUACAUUGCAGUUGGAGGCUCACCGGAGUAUGAGACUCAGGCGGUGUGACGUAGACCGCAGAGACAACUCAAAACAAUUCUGCCAAGUCUACGCAGGUUUUACAGGGUCUAGAACUUUUUGUCUAUUUGCAAAAACGGUCCAUGAGGUUUUGUUUUUAGUCCUGUAUCUUUUUAAGGCAAAGCUAUUUCAGUUCCUAUUUGGAAAGCUACUACGGCUUUGAUGGUCACGGAGACGUUUAUGAAUAUUUCAGAGGUAUCCGUCCAGUGAUGGUGCGCACACUUGCAAAAAUAUUGUGCUUCACCCAGCUCUUUGUGUUUUUCCUUUCUCCUCGUUGUUUUUCCACUGUUUGGUUUUCCAUUCCUUCAUUCUCCACGUUGUGACUGCUCUGUCAAUGCCAGGCUGAAAAAAAGAGAAAAAAAAAAAGAUGUCUUCUUUCCUUUUCCGAUGCAUAAUACUGCCAUUUGAUUUCGACACGUUGAAGAGAAUGAGCUACAAUGUUGAGAGUGCUAAGUCUGUUUUAUUUUCCAGAGUUUGCAAUCUGUUAUUAAAAAAUGUUAUAGAUUCCAUGU